GCGCGGCCAUGGCGGAGGCGCGGCCGCUGCGGCUGCUGGCGCUGCACGGGUACCGGCAGAGCGCCCGCCGCUUCCGCCAGCGCACCGGCGCGCUCCGCAAGGCCCUGCGCGGCCGCGCCGAGCUGGUGGCCAUCGACGCGCCGCACCGCUUGCCCGCCGGCGCUGAGGACGACCCCGACGGGGAUGACCCCCCCCGCGGCUGGUGGUUCUCCGGGCCCGGCACGUUCGAGGCGGGCGAAGCGGCCGCGGCUCCGGCGGGGCUGGAGGAGUCUCUGUCGGCCGUGGCGGCGGCGCUGGCGGAGCACGGGCCCUUCGACGGGCUGCUGGGCUUCAGCCAGGGCGCGGCGCUGGCCGCCAUGGUGUGCGCGCUGCGGGCCCGCGGCGACCCGCGCUUCCCGGUGGCCUUCGCCGUGCUGGUGGCCGCGUUCGCCAGCCGCGCCCCGGCGCACGGACACUUCUACCGGGAGCCCAUCGCCCUGCCCACGCUGCACGUCGUGGGCGACACGGACGGCGUGAUCGCAGCGGCCCUGAGCAGGGAGCUGGCGCAGUGCUUCGUGGAGCCCGUUGUGCUCACGCACCCCGGCGGGCACUUCAUCCCCGCGGCUGCGGCGCAGAAGAAAGCCUACCUGGAAUUCCUGGAACGCUUCUGCCCCAGGCAGGGCCAGGCCGAGCGCCUAGAGGCUGGGCAGGUUUGAGAACGGGCUCUGUAAUAAAAAAGGGCUCUGGUGAGCCACGUGCAGCCACCCAUCCUGUGAAACAUCACUGUUUCCGUGCCUCCAGCGGGACCAGAGAACAGCUCACUGCACGUUCUGCUCUUCAGUGUUCAUCCAGGCCAGGCUAAAUGGUUCUUUAUCUCCCUUUUUUUCAACUUUGUUGCAUACAUCAGUGUAAAAUAUAUAUGUAUAUAUAUAUAUGCAUAUAAAGUUAUAUAUAAUGUAUAUGACAUGUAACACAUGGGUGUGGGGGUGUGACAGUGACGGGGUUGAGGGCAGGAGGGUGACACUGCUCUGUGGGAAAGGUGCUUUCCGAGACUCAAACACCUGCUCAAAAAGAGAGUUCCUCAGCUCAGCCACAGGAAGUGUCUGCAGAGCACAGGGCUCUUGCAGUUUUACACCCCAAAACCUCGUGGUUUUUAAUACCUGUUAAGCCAAGCUUCCAGCUGGUCUGGGCCUGCAAAACCGUGUCAUCCUUGGCAGUGCCAGGGCUGGUGUUUGUUUCAGGAAUGAAAUGCCUGCUGGCUCGGUGUGCGUGUGUUGAAUCUUCCUUGUACAAAGUGCCUCCAUGAACAAGAAAAGCUUGUUUGUGGCUCUGUAUUAUCCAGAAGCACAGGAAAAUCUUUAUUGCUGUAACAGUUGCAGGUGUCCUGCUCAGCUUCUGCCCAGCUCAGCACUGGGCACCAGUCUCAGGAGAGGAGUGCUAGCAGAACUUCUCUAACCAUGGCUUUCCUUGGGGGUGUAGAGCUGGUGAAAGAGGGAAAUGGGAUGAAAAAAGUGAAUUUCCCCCCUGCUUGAGCAGCAGGGCAGUGCAAUGUCAGCUCUGCAAGGCCGCAGGACGCUGUGCUGCAGAAACCCUCCCUGUGCUCUGAGCUGGGAGCGUGCCUGGCGGUGCCAGGGGUUAAAGCAGCGCCGCAGGAGUGAGCAGCUCUCCGCCCAUCGCGGCUUUGCCCCGGUUUGCGGCGCGGUGCUGCUGCUGGCAGGAGGAUGUGGCUGUUUCCCCGCAGCCCAAACCCGCUCUGCUGUUUCCCUGCGGGGCUGGGGGGGCUCGGGCACUGCUGGCCGUCUGUGCCACUUCACGUGGGCUGUGUCACAGCUGCUGCGGGGGCGCGGGGUCCCUGCAGCCCUUGGUGACACCACGGGCUGGGUUUUUUGGGGCUGCAGCUGUGGCCGAGCACAGCGACGAGUGUGACAACGCAGCGCAGCUUUUGUCCCCGCCGUGCCCCCGCCGCCGGGCAGGGACGGCAGCGGCGGCGCUCGCAGCCCCGGGGGGUGUUCGGUUGUGGCCGAGCUCCCGGUGCUUUCCCGGUGCGGGGGAGGCACCGCAGCCAUGGCCGCCCGCCCGCACUGCGGCCCCGCAGCUCCCGGGCACACGGAGGCACCGGCAGCUCCCGGGCACGGGGAAGGAAGGGGAAGAAGCCCCGGGUGCGGUGAGUGAGCAGCACGGUCCCGGCUCUGCAGGCAGCUCCCUGGGUGGCUCGGGGAGGGAUGGGUGACCCGAGCUGCCGUUCCUGCCCCUUUCCUGGGGUCUGCAUAAAGAUGGCUCCUGUCGGGUGUCUGCUGUAGCGGUUUAAAUAAAUUAAUAAAAACAGAUAAACGCGA